UUCUUAUCUGUCCUCUUCCCGCUUUUUCUCAACCCCUGCGGGGUAGCUUAACCAGGUCUCGGGUAAUAGAAACCCCUACCUCGAUUUUAGAAUCCCGUUUUCGAGUCAGACCGACCUACCUCGAUCUUAGAAUCGAAUCAGUCAGGUCCCCAUUAGACCUGACUGAUUUGUUAUCCAUUAUACCCUGCCUACUGCACAGCCUUAGGAAUUAUCUUAGGAAUCCUCCAUCCCCAGGGAAGACUGUCCCUAGUCUUCUUAUCUGCCCUCUUCCCGCUUUUUCUCUCCUCUGCGUGGUAGCUUAAUCAUCGCCUUCUUUCGCAGAAUUCCUUUCUACACCCAGGGCCUAUAGGAUGGAUCGUCAUGCGUUCAGCAGUUCGCUGAACCUUCCGGUGCUACCAGUAAAGCAGCUUGGCUAUAGCUAUUUCUCUUCUUUAGCUAGUGCAAGAGGUUGUUCGGCGGCUGGGAGCGAACCAGCAUCUUCAGUAGACCAGACAGAUGUCCAUUACACCACGCCGCCUACUGCACAGCCUUAUGAAUUAAAUAGCUAUAUGCUUUGCAAUUAUAAAGUUUAACAAAUCAAAAAAACUACUUGAGCGUCUCAUCCCACCAAUAUAUUGGAGAGAAUUUAAAAUUAAAAUUAAAUAAAAAAUAUUCAUUUUUAAUAAAAAAUAAAAUUAAAUUAAAAAAUUAAUAAAUGAUGGAGGGGCUAAAUAAUGAUGAAGGGAAUGAGGGGAGGUGAAUGGGAUGGGGAGAAUGGGAUGGGGAGGAUGGGAUGGGAUAGGAUGGGGAGGAUGGGGUGGGCAGGAGGGGAGGGGAUGGGGAGGAGGGGGAAGGAAGGGAAUGAGGGGAGAAGGGAAGGGGAUGGAGAGGGGAGGAGGGAAGGGAAGGGAUGGGAUGGGGAGAAGGGAAGGGAUGGGGAGAAGGCAAGGGAUGGGGAGAAGGCAAGGGAUGGGGAGAAGGCAAGGGAUGGGGAGAAGGGAAGUGGGGAUGUGGAAAGCAGUCUUUUAAAUUGCCGUCUUUUUUGAAUCGU